GCUCAACUCAGAUCCGCUACUUAGUCGCUUUAACCACCUUCCGCACACGCAUCUCCUGUAUCCACAACAUAAAUCUGCGUCGACGUGAUGGACCCAUUUGAAGUCAGACUGCAAUUCCUAUCACUACUCAAGAAGCUCAACGCUUCUCAGCAGUCCAUUCAAAAGGUAGUUGGCUACGCCCUCAAGUUCUACGCCAGCUGUGGCGAAGACUUAUGGGACUGCGUAGUAGAAGAGUGCCAAAAGGGGUCGAUCAACAACCGUAUCAACAUCCUCUACUUGCUCGACUCACUUUGCGAGACGUCAUUACUUGCGAAGUCACACCCUGGGUCUGUGAGCCAUGACCCAAACCAACAACACUCGUCGUACUACGUAGACUAUGUCGCCCGCGACCUAGGCAAGAUUGUGGAGUAUGUCGUUCCAGAGGGCCGCCAAGGCCUUCCGAAUCUCAUGAGCACAAAGCAGAUCCUCGAGAACUGGCGAAGCAAGCGUGUACUCGACCCGCAAAAAGUCGAUGAUGCUCUUGCCACCCUCGACUCACGACGCGCGGCGCUCGAGCAAGAACAAGAGCAAGAACAGUCGACUGAGCUCUCCAAGCCCAUAAACUCUCUUCCGCGGCAAGAGAUCUUCAAGCGGAUCGAGGAGGAUCGCGAGCGGCACAAACGCCUCCGGGAACGACGCUGGGUGCAGCCGGUCGCGCACAACCCGCAUACGCACCUCCCGCCGCAGCUGGCGUGCCUCCUACCGCUCACGGAUGAUGGCGACGGAGAGGGUGAGCUGACGCUGGAUAUCGAGUUCGAGAAUGACUGGGAGACUACGAGCGAUUGGAACGAGGAUGACGACGAGGCCGCGGUCGAAGAGAAUUCCCUAUGCUUUCCCGAUGAAGACGGGGAGCCUAUGGACCUGUCUUGACUCACAUACAUACUGUUGUGGUUGUAAUGCAUAUUUAUAUUCCAUUCUUUACAUGUCGCUGUCUUAUGUUCAUACCGUUUGAGCAUG